ACCAUCAUCCCUGACACCACGUUUUCUUUCGUUACAGUAAAAGUCGAAUCUGAAUCACUCUGACUCCAUCUAUCUUGCCGUAUCUCCCCUAGAGGAUGUAUUGCAGACGACGACAUCGUAAGGCAUCUCAAUAACAAUUCUACGUCAGCCAAACAUGUCGAAAACUAGUCAUCACUUUCGCUUGCACGAACCUUUUGAGCAUGAAAAAUAUCAACUAGAGCAUGCUACCGCCCCUCUGGGAUUCCUCAACCCGACACGAGCUCGCUUUCAACUAGACGGUGCUGUUCCGUCAGACGCGGCCGCUUCCACAGAACCCGGCGACAGUGAAGGAAGCGAAGACAUUGGAAAGGAGCGUCAUGACCAGCAUCAAAAGGACGAGGAUGUUCCAGCAGAGAAUGUCCGCUUCCUCUGGCGGGCGCGCGACAAUCGCAAGGGUCGACACGCCCUCCUUGUUCAGAAGCCACGACCCGGGGAGGAGACGCGGUAUUUAACUCCUCGACGAACGACUCAUUAUAAAGAAGUCUUUAAAAACAUCAAAUUGACCUUUACGUAUUUCCCCGUGUGGGAUAUCUCGUGGCUUGUGGCGCUCAUAUUCACCUUGGGGAGUGUGGUUUGGGUUAUCAAUGGCUUUUUUGCCUGGCUGCCCCUCGUGGCGCCAUCUACCGAAUUUCACAAUGAGAGCUACAUAGGUGGAGGUGUGACUGCAUUCAUCGGGGCCAUUAUCUUCUUCGAGACAGGAUCCAUUCUCCUAAUCAUCGAAGCCGUCAAUUCAAACAACUCAGGCUGUUUCGGUUGGGCAGUCGAACGACUUCUCGAGGACAACCAAGGUGCUUCUGGAAAACCCAUGUACCGCUUUCGCGCGAGCCGCCAUCAUUGUCGACAUCAUCAUCAGAAUCGUCGCAAUUUCAUCGGAAAGCCAUCUCGCACUCUCGCCGAGGAGGCACAAUUAGCUGCACAAAAGUCCAAGGACGGCCCAAGUUGGCGAUGGUUCCCAUCAUGGCACGACCUCCGUACACACUAUAUUCACGAGUUGGGCUUCCUUGCAGGAGCAGCUCAACUGUUCGGUGCAACAAUCUUUGGAAUAUCGGGUUUCACUGCGUUACCGGGGAUCAACAACCAUCUGGAGCCUCAACGCGUCUUGAAUGGCGCAUACUGGAUUCCACAGGUCAUUGGCGGCAGUGGGUUCAUUGUGAGCAGUUCACUAUACAUGCUCGAGACGCAACAGAAGUGGUGGAAGCCAGCAUUUCAUAUUCUCGGCUGGCACAUCGGAUUUUGGAAUUUUAUUGGAGCCAUCGGCUUUACUCUUUGCGGAGCACUUGGAAUGGCCUACGGCAAUUCUGGAGCACAGUACCAAGCUUCACUAUCAACAUUCUGGGGAUCUUGGGCUUUCUUGAUCGGCAGCUAUCUGCAGCUCUACGAGAGCUUGGAUACACAUCCUGUGGAAGAAGUCUCUUCGCAAACCGUUUUUGAUACUACAAAGUAAGAUGUAACAUUAGGCACAGGUCCGGAAGUGGCAGAUCUUGGAGCGAUAGACGGGCAGGAAAAAGUAAUCCCUCAUAAUCAAAUGCUUCACCGUAUAUUACCCCGGCCCACCACAGAACCAGGAAACGCUCUUCUAUUCUUUGUC